CACUUCACCAAUCGGAGAGAUGAGUUUGAGGGGAUGAGGGAAAGCAUCCUUGUUUGGCUCACAGAAAUGGACCUCCAGCUGACAAACGUGGAACAUUUCUCAAAAAGUAACUUUGAUGACAAAAUGCGCCAGUUAAAUGGUUUCCAGCAGGAAAUAACACUAAACACCAAUAAGAUUGAUCAGCUAAUCGUUUUUGGGGAGCAGUUGAUUCAGAAGAGUGAGCCUUUGGAUGCUACCCUGAUUGAAGACGAAUUGGAAGAACUUCAUAGAUACUGUCAGGAAGUGUUUGGGCGAGUUGCCCGGUUCCAUCAAAGACUAACUUCAAGGCAUCCUGGAUUGGAUGAUGAAAAAGAGACCUCUGAAAAUGAGACAGAUCCAGAAGACUGCAGAGAAAUCCAGAAUGAUCCCUGGCAUAAGAAGGCCAUCAGUGAGGGGCCCUCUUCACCACAGUCCCUUUGCCACCUUAUGCCCCCUACUCAAGGUCAUGAAAGAUCAGGCUGUGAAACCCCUGUCAGUGUUGACUCCAUCCCACUCGAGUGGGAUCACACAGGUGAUGUGGGAGGUUCUUCCUCUCACGAAGAUGAAGAAGAAGCAACAUAUUACAGUGCUCUGUCAGAUGUAGAAAUCACUGAAAAUCCAGAGGCAUAUCUUAAAAUGACCACAAAAACUUUGAAAGCAUCUUCUGGAAAGUCUGUUUCAGAAGCUCAUCCUUGGCAUUCUCCAGAUAGCCCAGUCUGCAGGAAACACCGAUACAACCAGGCAGAGGUGGUUGGAAAUGUGUUGUCCGCUCCAGAAACAAGUACUCCCUAUAAGCCAGACUAUGUGAAGCAGCUCAGCUCUGCAAGCAGCAGCAGCAUCAACAAGGAGAAAAUUACAUCUGCUAACAUGAGUGAUGAAGAACCCCAAGAUGACCAAGAGCUUGUGAAUAUAGCAGCUGCAGAGAAGCAGUCAGGCAUUAUUGAUAGGUGGGAGCUCAUCCAAGCUCAAGACCUCAGAAAUAAACUUAGGAUGAAACAGAAAUUGCAGCAGUGGCAGCAGCUGAACUCAGAUCUCAGCGACGUGUCUGCGUGGCUUGAGAAAACUGAAGAAGAGCUAGAAGAGCUGCAAAAAGUGAAACCUCCAACCAGCAUGCAGGCGUUGGAACAAAGGGUCAAGAAAUUGAAAGACAUGCUUAAAGCAUUUGAUAACUACAAGGCAGUAGUGCUUUCCGUUAACCUGAGCAGCAAAGAAUUCCAGAAAGCGGAUAGCACAGAGUUCAAAGAGCUUCAGAACAGGCUUCGGAAGGUGAACUUGCGCUGGGAGAAAGCAACUCAUGCAUUGGACAACUGGAGGAAAGGUUUACAACAAGCCCUACUGCAUUGCCAGGAGUUCCAUGAUCAGAGCCAAGAACUAAUCCUGUGGUUAGCAAGUGCUGAUAGCCGAAGGAAUGAAGCACAAAUCACAGAUCCAAACGCUGACCUCAAUACAAUACUGGAAUGCCAAAAGGAGCUAAUGCAACUGGAGAAAGAGCUGCUGGAACAACAGCUUAAAGUAAACUCACUUCAAGAACUUGCUGCUUACCUGCUGCUUAAAUCAGAUGGUGAUUACAUUGAAGCUGAUGAGAAAGUCCAUGUAAUUGGAAGGAAACUGAAACAGCUUAUUGAACAAGUUUCACAUGGCUUAAAAACAAUACAAGGAAAUCUGGGGAACUUCAACCACCCAGACAUGCUGGAAAAGCGGCACAGCGAACUGCAGGCGGUUCUAGUAAAGGUGAUGGAGAGCCCGACCAGAGGGGAGGCACUGCGGGACCUGUUGCUCACUAAUGCAGAAGAACUUAUUGGAGAGGUCAACACUGGAGGUAGCCUGGGCUGCAGCGAUCACGCCCUGGUGGAAUUCUCAAUCUUGAGGGUCUUCACCAACAAGUGCUCUAGCCACGCCACCCAAGUCACAGAAGGCAAAGGCAGGGACUGGGAGAAUGAAGAACCGCCCACCUUAGGAGAAGAUCAGGUUCGAGACCAUCUAAGGAACCUGAAAGUGCACCAGUCCAUGGGACUUGAUGAGAUGCAUCCGCGG